UGCGAGUGUGACACUUGACCCCUGAUAGGACAAUACGGGGCCAGCCGUACUGUAACUUUUACAACAUCUCGGACCCCCGGUUCACCACCACCACCGACUAGGAAUGCCUCUCCGGUAAUGUGGACCGUCGGCCCCGGAAGACAUCGAGAUCGUCCCGCCGCGCCUCCGUGAGUUCCCGACGGGCCGCGAGAUCCAGCGGACCCACCGCCAUGGCCUCGGCGCCCGCCCGCCGCCGCACAUCUGUCGGACUCCCCGCUGUGGCCGCGGUGCUCCUGCUCCUCCUGACGGAAGUGCCCGCCGCCGUGCGGGCCUCCCAAGGCGACAAGGAGCCGGUGUACCGAGACUGCGUGAAGCAGUGUGUCGGGACCAACUGCACCGGGGCUCGGCUGCGGGGCUUCCAGUCCGCACAGCCGCAGUAUAUGGCGCUCACGGGCUGGACGUGUCGCGACGACUGUCGCUAUGAAUGCAUGUGGACCACCGUGGGCCUUUACCAGGCCGAGGGGUACCGAGUCCCGCAGUUCCACGGCAAGUGGCCAUUCACGCGCUUCCUGUGUUUCGAGGAGCCGGCUUCCGCCCUGGCGUCUCUGCUGAACGGCUUGGCGUGCCUCCUCAUGAUGCUGCGCUAUCGCAGCACGGUGCCCCGCCAGAGCCCCAUGUACCACACCGUCAACGCCUUCUCGCUGGUUUCUCUCAAUGCCUGGUUCUGGUCCACAGUUUUUCACACCCGGGACACCUAUCUGACAGAGAAAAUGGACUAUUUCUGCGCAACAGCAGUCAUUCUUUACUCCAUCUACCUGUGUUGUGUCAGAACGUUGGGUCUGAGGCGGCCCGCGGCGUCCAGCAUGGUGGGAGUCCUGCUCAUCUUGGCCUUUACCUCGCACGUGUCCUUCUUGACCUUUGUCAGUUUUGACUACGGCUACAACAUGGCUGCGAACGCGACCAUCGGAAUGGUGAACCUGCUGUGGUGGCUGUGUUGGUGCUGGCAGAACCGGCGGACGCUGCCCUACUCGUGGAAGUGCGGCUUGGUGGUCGUGCUGCUUUAUGGUCUGGCCCUCCUGGAGCUGUUGGACUUCCCCCCGAUGCUCUGGGUCCUAGAUGCUCAUUCUGUGUGGCACCUCAGCACGAUACCAGUGCACUUCCUUUUCUACAGUUUCCUGAUAGACGACAGCCUCUACCUGCUGAACACAGAGAAGAUGGGCGUCAAAGUCGAGUAGGAAGAAGCUCGUCACCUCUUCGCCGUCACGACGCCGACGAACGUCUCCGAUCAGGGCGGCGGGACACCCGAACCGGGAAGUAGUCCCGGAUGACAUGCAUGGCGCCAUGUUGACCUCCAUCAAAGUAUAAUUUGUUUUAAUGGUUUUUAAUAUUUAUUUGGGAGGGGUACUUUUGUUAUUUCUUUUUGGAAAAAAGCAACGUUCUUAGUUUUUGCCUUGUACAGACAGCCAGUUUCUUUUGGCAUUUAUUGUCAAGACCGGACGAAGGAGAAGCACGAUGGCCGCGCUGCAUAUCCCGUUUCCUUCGACUCUCCGAUGCGUCUGAAACGGAUCCCCCGAUCCGGUGGUUUUGGUUUUACUCAACGGUCUCUUGGAUCGAAUUGCAGUUUGCCGUGUGUGUCAGUAGAUGGCACCAAAUCCCUCGCCGGGCCACCGUCACCUCCUGCGUUUGGUACGGCGAGUAUCAGGGUUCAUCUGGGCUAAAAGUGGACUGGUGGACACACACAGUUGCCCCUUGUCAAGUGGGCUGAAGUGGAUUGUUCGAGAGCGAGGGGGGGAAUGGGGGGGGUUAUGUUUGGAGGCUAUUCUAGCUGACUGUUUUUUUUUUUCUCCCUCACUAUCACACGUGUAUUUUUGUGCCUUCAUUGUCUCCACUGCUGCUUCUCUUACACUGUUCACUUCUGUAUCAUUUCCAUUUGAGUUUUUAUCAGCUGCCUUUGUUGUUUUAACUCUGUUAUCAUUGACCAAUCCACGUGCUUUAUUCUUAACGGUUUUUCCCCCUUUGACUCGAUUAUUUUUUGGUGGGUGGGAUGUGGCGGAUGUUCACAAAAUGAAAAUACACUUUUCAUUCACCUGGAUUGCCUUGUAGUGGGAGACAAUAAUUGAGGAAGGAGAAAUGAGCUUUGAGAGGAAGCUCGGACGCUUUUUCAGCAUCAAGAGUUUCUAAUAAAUUUUAGGUGGUGUGUGUGUGUGUGUGUGUGAGAUUGAGUGUUACGGUGUUUGUUGGUUGCCUAUCCUGUGGUCUUCAUUCCUUGCUGUUCUGAUCCUCAGAAUGAUACACACACACGCACAAAACCAGCUGCUGUUCAGAUAACUGCCCCACCAUGUCUAAAAGCCCCCGUCACUCUUGUCUGCCUUUGAUGUCGUAUCAAACCGGCCUGACAUGAGAACCGCUCUUCUUUCAUCAAACCGUCACCAAAAUCAUUCAUACAAUGUGUGUGUUCAUCCCUCAGCGGUUCCCUUGCAUAUGUGCACUUUACGUAUGUGUGUGUGUGUGUGAACAUUUAGGUGCGUGCUUUUGUAUUUGUGUGUGACAACAAUGACCUGUACAGAAUGUGUGUACCCGUCGCCUUGACUCCACAUUGUGUUGCUUUUGCCAUCGCAAACUAAAUUGUGUGAUUGUCAGCGAGAUUGUUCUGGAUCCAUUUGUGAAGCUACCGUGUGCGCCUGCGCGACGAUGGGUAAAUUUAGAAUUGCUGACCGGAAGGGGGGGCAGAGGUUUGGUUGGCAAAAUGAUUGCUGACAUCGUGCCAGAGAUACUUUGCUUAUGAGAAAAGAAACAUUUUACUGUGCAUAUUGUAAUUAUUAUUAUUUGCCCACCAUUCCUAUUUUCAGUUGCAGUGAUGUUUGUUAAUUACUGGCAUUCAUUCAUUCGUCUGAACGCUCAAAAAGAAGAUUAACUCAUCCGCUGCCCACUGAAGCAUCUCCUCUCCGACCUGAAGCUCUUUCCUCCACCUCACAGCUGAUAUUUGAAGAAAAAGUCAAUAAAAAGUUCCUUUGUUGAAAAAGAA